CCCCUCUUCCACUAGGCUCUGAAAACCCAAGGCUUCUCAGAACAGUUUAGGAUCAGCGGCGGGCAGACUACAGCCAGCCGGCGGCGGCGAGCCUUCGGGAAAGGGCAGUGACGCUCUCCUAGGCUGUUAGGAGAGCAGCAGAGCCUCGGGCAGAGCCAGGGGAAGAGAAGGGCGUGUGCGUGUCUUUGACAGAUCUUGGGGGGUGGGAGGCGACUGUCUCUAUCUGGGCGGAGAGGCCAGGGGAUUGAGGCAGUGCCCUCUGAUGUCCCCGCCCGCUUCGGUUCCCGAGCGCCCUUCACCAUGGACUUGAGCGGAGUUGGGAUGGACCACUGCAGCCACCCGCGGCUGGCUGUCGGGCCCCGGGACUCGGCAGGUGUGCGCGCGCGGAUGGCGAGGUAGGAUGGCCGCGCAGCGCGAUCCCCGCGGUCUCCACGCAGCGGUCCCCGGGCGGUGCCGCUGACUCUCGGAGCGCACAGGGGUGUGGGCGGAGGCCGCUCAGCCGCGCCCGCGCCUUCGCCAGUCGCUUCGCCUCUUCCACCCACUUGCACCUGCCGCCGCGCGGAUACCAUGUCGAAGGCGGCUGGAGGCGCGGCGCCGGCGGCGGAAAGUUGUCCCUCGGUUCCAGCCGGUGUGUCGCCAGCCCCGGGAGUGGAGGAUCUGUCCAAAGUGACAGAUGAAGAGCUGCUGCAGUGGAGCAAGGAGGAGCUGAUCCGCAGCCUGAGGCGCGCCGAGGCUGAGAAGGUGAGCGCGAUGCUGGACCACAGCAACCUCAUUCGCGAGGUCAACCGCCGCCUACAGCUCCAUCUCGGCGAGAUCCGAGGGCUCAAGGAUAUUAACCAGAAACUCCAGGAAGACAACCAGGAACUGAGGGACCUGUGCUGCUUUCUGGAUGAUGACCGGCAGAAAGGCAAAAGGGUGUCCCGGGAGUGGCAGAGACUGGGUCGCUACACAGCUGGAGUGAUGCACAAGGAAGUGGCGUUAUACCUGCAGAAGCUGAAGGAGCUCGAGGUGAAGCAGGAGGAGGUGGUGAAGGAGAACAUGGAGCUUAAAGAGCUCUGUGUGCUGCUGGACGAGGAGAAGGGCACGGGGUGUGCGGGCAGCCGCUGCUCCAUCGACAGCCAGGCCAGCCUGUGCCAACUGGUGGCCUCUGCUGCACCCUAUGUACGAGAUGUGGGUGAUGGCAGCAGCACCUCCAGCACUGGCAGCACCGACAGUCCUGACCACCACAAACAGCACGCCAGUGGGGGCAGCCCUGAGCAUCUACAGAAGCCCCGGAACGAGGGCAGCCCGGAGCACAUCAAACACAGGAGCACUAGCCCUGAACAUCUACAAAAACCCAGGGCUUCCGGGACCCCAGAUCACCCCAAAGCACUGAAAGGACCUAGCCCUGAGCACCACAAGCCCUUGUGCAAAGGCAGCCCAGAGCAGCAGAGGCACCCACAUCCAGGGAGCAGCCCGGAAAUGCUGCCCAAGCAUGUGCUGAGCGGAAGCCCUGAACAUUUCCAGAAGCACAGACCAGGCGGCAGCCCCGAACAUGCCAGGCACAGUGGAGGGAGCCCCGAGCAUCUCCAGAAACAUGCCCUUGGAGGGAGCCUGGAGCACCUUCCCAGAGCCAGAGGAACAAGCCCAGAGCACCUCAAACAACAUUAUGGGGGCAGUCCUGAUCACAAACAUGUAGGUGGCAGCGGAGGCAGCGGCGGGGGCAGCAGGGAGGGCACUCUCCGACGGCCAGCUCAAGAGGACUCCGCAUCCCAUCACCGGAAUGUCUACAGUGGCAUGAACGAAUCCACCUUGUCCUAUGUUAGGCAGCUGGAGGCCAGAGUCAGACAGCUGGAAGAGGAAAAUCGCAUGCUGCCCCAGGCCACCCAGAAUAGAAGUCAACCUCCAACUAGAAACAGCUCAAAUAUGGAGAAAGGCUGGGGGCCCAGAGCCCAGCGGGUCUUGCAGUGGUGGCAAGGGUGCCGAGGAAUAGGACGAUGCCUGCCCUCUCUCCCGGGUUCUUUUAGGUUGUCAUCAGGGGCUGAAGGGAGUAACAGUUCCCCCAACUCUCCAGCUAGCUUCAGUGGACAUACCACAUCUUCUCAGCAGCCUGAACCUGUGGUACAUUCUCUUAAGGUCUUGGAUGUUCAGGAAACUAUAGACCGUCAACAGGGUAAAGAGUAUGACCAUGACCUUAGUGAGACAGAAAAAGCUAUAGUCAGAGAAAUGUGCAAUGUUGUGUGGAGGAAACUUGGAGAUGCUGCAGGCUCAUGUCCUGGAAUUAGGCAACAUUUGUCAGGAAACCAGUACAAAGGGCCCAUGUGAGAAGCACUUCCUUCAAACAUGAAAUCAUCACUACCAGAAAAUAAAGAAAAGAAGAAAGAGAGAAAAACGUCGAUCCCUACAAAAUGGGACUCACGGCAUCACACGGAGUGAUUGUACAUUGCACAUAUCUCCCCUCUAAACCCUUCAGUGCAGCUUCCCUCAUAAAGCUAAUACGUGCUAUAUUCCUCACUUUUGUGUUCACAGCAGUCUCAAGGUAGCUUCAGAAAACCAUUGUUUUCAUAUCAAUACUUUCAUGACAACUGAAAUGUUUUCAGCUCUCCACAUCUAUGAUUGACACAUUGGGUAGUCUGCAUGGUUGGAUGAGUCCAGUAGCGCCUCCAUGGCUUUGAUAGAGGUGGUUUAUUGUAUCUAAUAGUGGGAGACUUUUGUACUGUGUGGAAGAGGUAUUUUCCAGCAUACAAGACUAGGUUGGGAAGCUCCCUCUUGUAUUUCGAUUGAGGAAAGUUUGCUUCCUAAUGCAUAAUUAGUUGGAUGCAAGAUAAUAUUUGAUUUCUGUUUUGAACUUCGAGGUGCUAAAAUAUCACAAAUUAUUUUACCAGCUAGAAAGGUAGUAGGAAUUUUAGAGUGCUUAUCAGAGAGUAUCAUUUUUUUCAGUUGGUCAGAAUAGAUAUUCUAAUUUUGAUGGGUUGUUUAUAGAGGCAGGUCUUAGGGACACACCA